UGCUCACCGCAAGAAGAAAAGCCACCCAUUCCUCCCCCUCCUCUACCUCCCAUCCUUUGCUCAUGAGCUGCCUUCAUAGCAGUCACGCCCCUUCCUUCCGAGGAGCUUUUUGGCUGCCUUAGCUGGUAGACCCCUGAAUUACUCCUCCAUCUCCGCUUCUUUUCCUUCUUCUCCCCUUAAUUCUCCCUGCCUUCCCCGCUACCACCACCUCUAGUUUGUCUCGCCUCCCACCAUCCGCUGCUCCACCCUCCGGCCCGGUAUCCUGCCUGUCCACUGCCACCAAGGAGAUCCCAGACGGAGCAGCGAAGAGGGGAGCCGCUGGGACCUGCGGCUUCCUCCCUGCCCAUUCCUGGCCUCUGGCCUGGGACUAAAGCCACUUGAGGGAGCAGGGAUAGUCGUCACCUUGUCUUCGUUGCCUCCAGGGCUGCUGAAAAGGAUAACUGAAACGAAAGUGCUUUUGACUCCUUACAACCAAGGCUGAGGAACUAAAGAGUGACCUGUUGUUGGACUCUUGGCGGCGCUUCCCCUGAACCUGAGUGUUAGGGGAGAGGGAAUCUGGUGCUGCGCUUUCUGGAGCUGUUCAUAAGCAAGAGUUCCCUAUCCUGAUCAAGGCUUCAAGCCUAAAAGAAAGCAGAAAUAGGUCAAGGGCAGCCCAGGUGCCCAAUUUCUCUCUCUCUUCACAAAGCCCCACCAGCAAUAGAGAUGAGAAAUUCUGAAGAUCAGCCAAGUGGAGGAACCACGGUAUUGCAGCGUCUACUACAAGAGCAGCUUCGCUAUGGCAAUCCUAGUGAAAAUCGCAAUCUGCUUGCCAUACACCAGCAAGCCACAGGCAAUGCCCCCCCAUUCUCCACUGGCAGUGGGAACCCAGGCCCACAGAAUGAUGUGCUGAGUCCCCAAGAGCAUCACCAACAGCUUGUGGCACAUGCUGCUCGACAGGAACCCCAGGGCCAAGAAAUUCAAUCAGAAAACAUCAUAAUGGAGAAACAGCUGUCCCCUCGAAUGCAGAAUAAUGAAGAACUCCCUACUUAUGAAGAAGCCAAGGUCCAGUCCCAGUACUUCCGGGGCCAACAGCAUGCUAGCGUUGGAGCUGCUUUCUAUGUCACUGGAGUCACCAACCAGAAGAUGAGGACCGAGGGGCGCCCAUCAGUUCAACGGCUCAAUCCUGGGAAGAUGCACCAGGAUGAAGGACUCAGAGACCUUAAGCAAGGGCAUGUCCGUUCCUUGAGUGAACGAUUGAUGCAGAUGUCACUGGCUACCAGCGGAGUUAAAGCCCAUCCACCUGUGACCAGCGCUCCCCUCUCUCCACCACAACCCAGUGACCUCUACAAGAAUCCCACAAAUUCCAGUGAAUUCUACAAGGCCCAAGGACCACCGCCCAAUCAGCAUAGCUUGAAGGGCAUGGAACACCGAGGCCCUCCACCAGAGUAUCCUUUCAAGGGCAUGCCACCACAGUCUGUAGUGUGCAAGCCCCAAGAGCCAGGGCACUUCUAUAGUGAGCAUCGCCUGAACCAGCCAGGGAGAGCAGAGGGGCAACUGAUGAGGUAUCAGCACCCCCCUGAAUAUGGCGCAGCCAGGCCAGCACAGGACAUCACAUUGUCGUUGUCAGCCAGGAACUCUCAGCCACACAGCCCUACUUCUUCUCUGACAUCAGGGAGUUCCUUGCCCUUGCUACAAUCUCCACCGUCUACCAGAUUGUCUUCAACUCAACACCCCUUGGUCUCAAACCAAGGAGACCACUCAGCUCACCUGCCUAGGCCGCAGCAGCAUUUCCUUCCUAAUCAAGGUCACCAAGGAGACCACUACCGUCUCUCUCAGCCCGGCUUGAGCCCUCCACCACCUCUGCAGCAGCCAGAAGUCUAUUCAGCUAUGCCUCGGGCACAGCAGUCCGCUUCUUAUCAGCCCAUGCCAGCUGAUCCUUUUGCCAUUGUCUCCAGAGCCCAGCAGAUGGUUGAGAUUCUCUCAGAUGAGAACCGAAACCUGAGGCAGGAGUUAGAUGGAUGCUAUGAGAAGGUGGCAAGACUACAGAAGGUGGAGACAGAAAUUCAGCGGGUCUCAGAGGCAUAUGAGAACCUAGUAAAGUCUUCUUCUAAGAGAGAGGCUUUGGAGAAAGCCAUGAGGAACAAGCUGGAGGGUGAGAUUCGGAGGAUGCACGAUUUCAACAGGGAUCUGAGAGAGCGUCUAGAGACUGCCAACAAGCAGCUGGCAGAGAAGGAGUAUGAGGGGUCAGAGGACACCAGGAAAACCAUCUCUCAGCUCUUUGCCAAAAAUAAAGAAAGCCAGCGGGAGAAGGAGAAGUUGGAAGCAGAGCUGGCUACUGCCCGGUCUACCAACGAGGAUCAAAGGCGACACAUUGAAAUCCGAGACCAGGCAUUAAGCAAUGCCCAGGCGAAGGUGGUGAAGCUGGAAGAAGAGCUGAAAAAGAAGCAAGUAUAUGUAGAUAAGGUGGAGAAGAUGCAGCAGGCCCUCGUGCAGCUCCAGGCAGCAUGUGAAAAGCGAGAGCAGCUGGAGCACCGACUCCGGACACGACUGGAGAGAGAAUUGGAAUCACUUAGGAUCCAGCAGCGCCAGGGCACCUCUCAGCCCACCAAUGUUUCAGAAUACAACGCAGCUGCACUGAUGGAGCUCCUUCGGGAGAAGGAGGAGAGGAUUCUGGCCCUGGAAGCUGAUAUGACAAAGUGGGAGCAAAAAUAUUUGGAGGAGAAUGUGAUGAGACAUUUCGCUCUGGAUGCUGCUGCAACUGUGGCUGCGCAGAGGGACACAACAGUCAUCAGCCACUCUCCUAACACCAGCUAUGACACAGCUCUGGAGGCUCGUAUCCAAAAGGAGGAGGAAGAAAUCUUGAUGGCCAAUAAGCGUUGCCUGGACAUGGAGGGCAGGAUUAAGACUCUUCAUGCCCAGAUUAUUGAGAAGGAUGCUAUGAUCAAAGUGCUGCAGCAGCGCUCCCGAAAGGAGCCAAGCAAGACAGAACAGCUCUCGUCCAUGAGGCCAGCAAAGUCUCUGAUGUCCAUUUCCAAUGCUGGUUCAGGCUUGCUCUCCCACUCAUCUACCCUGACUGGUACACCCAUCAUGGAGGAGAAACGUGAUGACAAAAGCUGGAAGGGGAGCUUAGGAAUUCUCCUGGGUACAGACUACCGUGCUGCUGAGUCUGUCCCAUCCACACCUUCACCUGUACCUCCAUCCACUCCCCUACUCUCAGCUCACUCCAAGACAGGCAGUCGAGACUGUAGCACCCAAACUGAACGUGGAACGGAAUCGAACAAAACUGCAGCUGUGGCUCCCAUCUCUGUCCCUGCUGCUGUUCCAGUUGCUGCUGCUGCCACUGCUGCCGCCAUCACUGCCACUGCUGCCACCAACACCACCAUUAUGGUAGCUGCUGCUCCGGUUGCUGCUGUGCCAGCUUCUGCUGCUGCUGUUGCUGCCGCUCCAUCUCCAGCCACUGCUGCCGCUAUUGCUGCUGCUCUUUCUCCAGCUUCUGCUGCUCAAAUUCCAGCUGCUACUUCUGCUGCUGCCUCUGCAACUGUUCCUGCUGCUUCUGCUGCCCCUGCCACUGUUCAGGUUGCUCCAGCUGCUUCGGCUCCAGUUCCAGCUCCAGCUCCGAUUCCGGCUCCAGCAACGGCUCCGGCUUCUGCUCCAGCUCAGACUCAGGCACCAGUUCCAUCUCCAACUGCAGCUCCAGUUUUGGCUCAAGCUGAGGUUCCUGCAAGUCCAGCUACUGGUUCUGGACCCCGUCGUUUGUCUACGCCAAAUCUGACAUACAAUUCGGACAAGCCAGAUGGUCCUGUUUUCCACUCCAGUACUCUGGAAAGAAAAACUCCCAUUCAGAUCCUGGGACAAGAACCUGAUGCAGAGAUGGUGGAAUAUCUCAUCUAAAAUGGCCCAAUCAAGAGCUGCAGUUGAUCAGCAAGAAUGCUUUUAAUCAUUUCCCCCUUUUGUUUGUUCUUACUCUGAGGGUGAAGACAAGGGUUGGGGUGGGGAUAUUUUUUAAUGGGACUUUAUUGGAAUAUUCUAGUACUUAAGUAAUCCCAUGUGAAUUCCAGUCUUUUCUGGAAUACUUAGGGAAUACCUCAAAAAAGAUAGAUGAAUUUGAAUAUCUUCUAAAGUUUAUUGUUGGGAUUUAUGCAAAUCUUGGACUGUUGACAGGAAAUGAUGUGCAUUGAUGUUUUUAAUGUGCUUACAUUGGUUUGAAAUUUCUCUAUUUGAGGUCAUUUUCAUUGAAGAGCACAGUAUGUGUGGAAGGCAAUGGGUAACAUGUAGUUCAGAAAUGGGAAGCCAGACAGAAUUUGAAGACAUGCUGCUUUGUCUGGUUAUUAACUAGACAGCAGUUACAGAAAGCUCUUAACUUUACGCUCAAGAAAAGGAAGUGUUUUCGAAGCUGUGGAAGCUGGAAAAAAAAAGUGUGGUGUAUUGGGGUGUAGAAGGGUGCUGGAAUCAGUUUUCUCUCCCAGUUGCCAGCCAUCCUGCCCCAGCAGAUUGUGUUUAAUCUCCAUUUCAAAUGGUGCUUUGGAAGUGGAUUCUUUUGGUUCCCUCCUGGAGGCUCAUACAUUCAUAUAUAUAUAUAUACUCUGGAGUAAUUUAUGCAUUUGAAUAAUUAAUAUAUUGCUUUCAGAUGCUAGGAGAGUAAAUGGACUGAGUGAUGUACAGCUUCCUGUCUCAUAGGGAGAAAGAUGUCAGAGGCCUUGAUGGAGGGUUGCAUGAGAUGCUGCAUGCAGACUUGUGGUCUGGCGUAGCUAUGAACAUGGCUCGCUUGAUUUUCAUAAGGCCAGUAGACUUAGUGUUUAUUUCUUCCACACCACAGAUUCACUGGUUAGGAUACUAGUCUUCAUUUGGCAGUAUUUGGCAAAAGGAGGAAGCAUUUUCAUUGACAGGCUGAGUGCUUUGUAUUUCUGGCAACUACUUUAAAAUGUUUCAUUUUGUUUCCCCACAUUCUCAUCAUGUGUCUUCAAAGACAUAUGUGACUACCACCUCCAAGGGAAUAGCAUCAGAAGUCCAAAGUACCAGGCUGCAGUCAUGGGAGAGGUUGAUUGCAGCAGUCUCCUUAACUACCUCUUCUCACUGCCAGUGACUCCAUCUUGGAAUCGGUUUGGGCAGCAGCAGGAAAUGUGCAUGUGGGUAGGGACCAGAGAAGGCUGCAGCCAAAAGCCUUGCCAUAGUGCUGCCUCUAAGGACACAGUGGGUGCUAUUUCCCACAGUUCCCUGCCCUGUGUCACAUCUCUGCCCUUAAUUAAGGUGAUAAAUCUAAAGAUAGUGUCAUUAAGAACAAUUUUCAGGGGUAUAGGGAGGGGGAGGGGACCUUAAGUAAAAGGGGUAGAGGUUUUAGGAAUAUGCUAGUUAGAAACCAGACUAAUAGAAGAGUAGCCUGAUAUAUUUACUUCAUGAGCUAUAGCAGUGGGAAGAAACAUUAGCAAUAUAGCCCAACCCUCUAAUUUUAGUGAUGAGGAAUCUGAGACUUGGAGAAGUUUAGUGACUUUUUCAAGAUCAUACAGCAUAUCUAUCCACAUUGUCGAUUACCAUGACUAUUUUUGGAAACAUUUAUCUACAAAAAAAAGAGUCUGUUUGAACAAAAGGCAUUCAUGGUCCAGGGUAUGCAUACUUUAUAAAAUGCCCCUGGUUUGAGUAAAUUGUCUAGGGUUCUAAACUCUUAGCUUGCCUUUUCCUGCAGUGCCUUGUACAAGGGUUUUCCUUUCUUGAUCCCUAUUUUAACAUUGAACCAUGUGAAAUGUGUCCCUAAGAAAUCAACCCCUCUUUUUUUCUCACUAUGAAAUUGAGAGUCUUGAGACAUUUUUAUGAGUUCCUCUGUGAAUAUAGGGCUGUUUUAUUUACCUAUAUUCUUUUGUAGUUCUGAAGUAUCUUCCAAAGGAAUUGUGUGUGUGUGGGUGUGUGUAUUUGGGUGUGUGUAUGUGAGUGUGGUAUGGGUGUGCAUGCUUAUAUAGAGUGGAGGGAAGGCAAUGUAACUUUCAACCAGUCUUUUCACAUAUUCAGUAACGAAGUGAUCGUCUCACACAAGAAGUCCUUAGUUACAAAGUGAAUGCCAAAUAGAAGUUAAAAGUACAGUCGUGCUUAUACUAUUCAAAAUACCUUUAGUUGUGAGGGGAACAACCCUUCAAAAAGUAGGAUCAGCAGGUAGCAAACAUAAGCAGAGCUACAUUCCAUCUAAGCAAAUACAUGAAAAUAAAACUAAAUUAUGUCAUUUCAUGGUAAUGACACUGACAGAAUUUUGCCUGGUUCUGGGAGCCAUGAUUGUAAUCACAUUGUGUAAGGUGACAGGCAUCAUGAAUUCCUUACUGAGUGACAACUAUCAUUUUGUUAGAAUUAGAAAAAUUAUGUGAUUGGGGUAAAGAAGAAAGUUCUUGCUGAAGUACUACUUUGAACUUUCCAAAACAUAUCUGCCCUCUCACAUCAGAAGCAGUCCCACUCUGUUCAGUUUUAAGUACCAGGUAAUUUGCCUAGAACAUUGUACAUCUAAGGAUUACUAUACUAGAAAAUAAAAAUUCUGCUUUGUCAGAAAACUCUUUACUAGAUAUUCUAAUCAUACAGGUGUAUGGAAGGCAUCUCAAGUUAGCCAAAUUUUUGCAGUUAUGUGGAAAGAAUGUUUGGGGGAUCUCUUGGGACUCCCAACUAUCUAUUCAUAUUACUAGAACCUCAUGUCAGGAGGGUGAACUUGUUGUCUUAACCUAUACUGCAUAAUGGCUGAUGAGAACCUUCUAAUUCAUUUGUACUUUGAUGCCCAUUGUCCAGGAAUGGUUCAUUAGAAAAAGCUUUACUUGAUACAAAAUUCCUGUUAACCAUGUUUUGGAAAUAAAUGCAGCUUGAGCUUAUUAUUUUUUUAAAUCAUAGAUACAUAUUGUUAUCAUAAAUGAAGGUUUUUAUUUCAGCGUUGCUUUUGGGUCUCAAGAGCAGCAGGGCAGUAGGGACUUGCAGCAUUUGCUAUUACCUGUAAUUAAAAAAAAAUACCAAGAGACCUGUUGUGUUCUCUUUUUGUUGGUACACUGUUGGAUGUGUCUAACAACUUGCUUUACAAGCUACUUUUUAUGAAGGGUCUAAAUGAUGUGGCAGCUUAAAGUGUAGACACAUGUGCUGACUUUGACAAAAAUAUUUUCAUGUUUGUUAUCACAAAUGUUCAUUCAUAUAUGGGAUGUGUUACUUAAAAUGGGGUUCUUCUGACUGAAAAUGCUUUCAAUGGAAGGCAUCAGAUGUGGGAUCACUGCCACCAAUUUAGCCCACCCCAAUCUUUAGAAACAUAUCUUAUAAGUGCCAUCCAUCAUUGCUAGGACAAGUGUUGGGAGCUUAUUUUCUUCUGGUAGAAAGAAUGGGUUACAUGAAGCUAUCAAACGACCUUCUGACCUCCUUUGGGAUUAAUGACAUAUGUUUGUAAAAUGGAUAGGUGGGGUUGGCAGAUGGUUAGAGAAGAAUUGCCUUUGGUUUGAAAUGUAUGUGAUCUCAUAAUGAUUGUGAUCCUAUUCUGUAAUCAAUGGAGCUAGUUCGAAUAAAGUUAAACAGGUUUAAACCCA